AUGCCUACAGCGUACGCUGUCAGGCAGACCGUGGGAAAUUCUGUGGCGCGGGGACGCUCUCUCGCAGGUGGAGGGAGCGAUCAACAGUCACCCUGUGAUAGGCCAGCACUUAUGGGCAUGGCCCCUGAACGGGAACACUUAGAGGGGCUGGGCCUCUCUCAAGAUGUUAUCCGGACCAUUCAGGGAGCCAGGGCCGCGUCUACCAGAGCGACCUACACAGCCAAGUGGACAGCGUUCCAGCGUUGGUGUGUAGAGAAAAGCCUGGACCCCAUUACGUGCCCCCUGCCUCACGUGCUGUCAUUCCUCCAGCUGUUGUUGGACAGGAAUUUGGCUUUCAACACAAUCAAGGUGUAUGCUGCUGCCAUAUCAUCUUGUCAUGUGGGUUUCGGGGUCGGGACGGUGUUUAGUCACCCCCUGAUGAAACGUUUUCUGCGAGGAGUACGGAGACUCAGACCUGUGUCACACGCACUAGCGCCUCAGUGGGAUUUGGCUUUGGUGUUACGCGCACUAAGCAAAGCCCCAUUUGAACCUUUAGAUCAGGUUCCCCUUAAGAUGUUAUCAGCCAAAGUAGUACUACUUUUGGCUCUAACAUCAGCAAAGAGGGUGAGUGAUUUGUCUGCUCUCUCUGUGGCUCCGUCAUGCCUCCGGAUCCAAGGAGAUGGCAGUUCAGCUGUUUUACGCCCUAACCCAGCUUUUAUGCCAAAAGUCAUCACAAGCUCUUUUAGGUCGAGGGUGAUCACCCUGGAUGGCUUCUUUCCCCCUCCUCACAGGUCGGAGGAAGAAGCCACGUCUCAUCUCCUCUGUCCUGUGCGCGCGCUGUCCUGCUAUGUAGCACGCACAGCUGCCUUGCGCCGUUCUCAGCGCCUGUUUGUGCACUACAGAGAGCGCUCGAUCGGGCAGCCUCUGUCUGCACAGCGGCUGUCACACUGGCUGUGUGAGGCUGUAUCACAGGCAUAUGUCUCCUCUGGGAUGGAUCCUCCGGAGAACAUUAAUGCGCAUUCCACCAGAGGAAUUUCCUCCUCCACGGCUUUGCACGGAGGAAUGUCAGUGGAAGACAUUUGCAUUGCUGCAUCCUGGUCUUCUCCCUGUUCAUUUAUUCAAUUUUAUUUGAGGGAUGUGUCCCAUUCCUCUUUGACACACCCUGUGCUGAGUGUCCUGUCAGAGUGAGUGACGUCAGGGAUCCAGCUGUGCGCCUUUCUCCUGCCUCGGCACAUGGAGAAUGGCCUGUGUUUCCCUCUUACGAGAGGGACGUCCCCCUUUUUUUCCCCUGACACAUUUCGUACGGAAUGUCUUGUCAGAGUGUGUGAUGUUGGGGACCCAGCUGUGCGCUCUUCUGCC